AUGGUUAGACUUGAACUAUUACAGUCUAUAAAUGGUCAUAAGGGAAUUGUGUGGAAUGUGUCUUGGCAUCCUCAAGGCAAGAUCUUUGCAUCAUGUGGUGAAGAUAAAAUCAUCAAGUUAUGGAGUGAGGAUGGUCAAGAUUGGACUGUUAAGACGGUUCUAGUUGAUGGACACCAGCGUACAAUAAGAGAAGUUGCAUGGUCACCAUGUGGAAAUUUUUUAGCUUCAGCAAGUUUUGAUGCUACAACCGCCAUUUGGGAUAAGAAAAGUGGUCAAUUUGAAUGCAAUGCCACACUGGAAGGGCAUGAGAAUGAAGUGAAAAGUGUGGCGUGGUCUCCUUCUGGACAUCUAUUGGCUACUUGUGGCCGUGACAAAUCAGUCUGGAUUUGGGAAGUAGCUGGCGAAGAUGAAUAUGAAUGUGAAGCUGUUCUCAAUGCUCAUAAUCAAGAUGUGAAAAAAGUUGCUUGGCAUCCUUCCUUAGAUAUACUGGCAUCAGCUUCUUAUGACAAUUCAAUCAAGUUGUAUAAAGAGGAUUCUUUGGACAAUGAUUGGUCUUGCAUAGCCACUCUGCAGUCUCAUGAAUCUACUGUUUGGAGCUUGGCUUUUGACAAAACAGUUUUAGAAAAUUUUGCACCUAAAAAAUUAUCAGAAAGUUGGGAUAAUACAGGCCUGUUGGUACAACCAUAUUCUCCAAGGCCCAUAACAAAGAUUUUGUUAACAAAUGAUUUAACUGAGAAAGUAGCUUUGGAAGCUCAAAAGCAUGAAUGUGAAAUGAUAAUUUCAUAUCACCCUCCAAUAUUUGCUCCUUUAAAAUCUGUUGUCCAAAGCUCAUGGAAGGAACGCGUAGUGUCUUUUUUAUUAGAGAACCGUAUAUCUCUGUACUCUCCUCAUACAAGCUGGGACAGUGUACAAGGAGGCGUUAACGAUUGGUUGGCAUCGUGUUUUCCUUACAUCGAGGUCUCGCCUAUAGUACCUGGUAUAGACCCUAACACGGGAGCAGGAAGGUUCUUAAAGCUUGAACCGGGCAUGACUUUAUCGGAUGCUGUGUCAAGGGUAAAAAAAUUAACAGAUCUAAAACAUGUUCGUUUAGGUCUUGCUAAUGGCAAGAGUUUAAGCGAUACAAUUGAGACCGUAGCAUUAUGUGCCGGAUCUGGAGGAUCUGUUUUAAAAAGUGUUGUUAAUUGUGACCUUUUCUUGACUGGGGAAAUGCUUCAUCAUGAUGUCUUGGACGCUGCUCAGAGAGGAAUAUCCGUUAUAUUGACCAACCAUUCGGAUUCAGAAAGAGGAUUUUUACGCGGAUUUUCUACUAAUCUUCAGAAUAAGUUAAACAACCAGAUACAAGUUUUAGUGAGUGAAUUUGAUAAGGACCCUUUAAUGACGGUU